GCCAGACCGCGGUUUUUAGAGAGUGAAUGAGGCGUAACAGCCAACAGGAGGACAGGUUUCCAUAAUAACUCCGUCCUGCAGACACAUCCAGACCAAAAUCUCUAGUCGCUUUAUUUCAGUUUAAAAUCAUGGAACACAAAGAGACGCCUGACAGACAGAGAGCAGGGAAAACUGGAUCAGUAAAGACAGAUGGACAGAGACAUCCAUCCAUCCAUCCAUCCACCCACUAUCUGAACCUGCUUAUCCUUGCAGGCUGGUGAGACGGAGUCUUAAAGGUGACCUCUCAUGCCGUCCUCAUAUCCGUCCUCUCUCAUGGCCAUCCUUCCAGGGCUGCAUCUAGGUUGAGGUACUGGAGUACAUCCAGACAGACACUGGAGCACAUUAGCUUAGCUAGCUAAGAUGGAUAAAACGAAGCUUAUCAGGUGUUUACAGCGAUUGAUUGGUUCAAUAAUUAACUGGAUAAUUGAUCAGUAAUUAUUAUUAUUGAUUUUUUCUGCCAAUAUAUCACCAACACGUUUUCUCUCGCAUUGGCAUGUUUACAGUCGUCGGUCUAUCAGGAGCUGCUGGUUCUGUCUGGCUGGAUGUGGACCAUGGUCGUCAUGGCAAUGGCCACACAAACAGCAACAGCUGUGGGACAUCCAGGAAGUUCAAGAGCUUCAAUUUCCCACUGAGAAACAGAAGUUUAUGUUUCAGUUUACAAACAUCCUGGUUGUUUUUUUGCUGACUGAUGAUGGAGCAGAUAAUCAAACUGAUUGAUUAUUGAUAGCUUCUGCCUCACUAGGAGCAGAAUGUGACCUCUGACCUCAUCAUGUUUCCAUCAGUUUGAAUCUGUUGCUGUCCUCUCACUGUGGCUUCAUUAAGGGAAUGUGUGUGUGUGUGUGUGUUGACCUCUGACCUGAAGCACUGGGAACUGCCCGGCUUCGUCCUCCUCCUCUUCCUCCUCUGCCUCGCUGCCCCUCCCCUGAUGUGGGACAGGCUGGCGUCAUGGCGACGGGGUAAACAGACGAUAACAAGCGCCUCGGAGCGCGCCUCGGACCAGAGGACAGACGGAGACAGACGCAGGAGGACGUGAGACAUCAAGGAGCUCAGGAGUCGUCUCAUCAUGGCGGUCAGUUCGGACACGGAGCCGCUCUUCGUGGCCUUCAAGAGGUUCUCCGUCUACGGAGACACGAAGGCGAGCGGCAGGGAGCUGACCGGGAAGGCCUGGGCCAAGCUGUGCAAGGACUGCCGGGUCAUCGACGGGAAGAGCGUCACCGGCACCGACGUGGACAUCGUCUUCUCCAAAGUGAAACAGAGGUCGGCUCGGGUCAUCACCUACAAGGAGUUCCAGCAGGCGCUGGAAGAACUGGCUCCCAAGAGGUUCAAAGGUCAAAGUAAAGAGGCGGCGCUGCAGUCCAUUCACAAGCUGGUGGAGGGCCAAGAGCCGACUAACGUCGGCGUGACGAAAGUGGCGAAGACGGCAACGGUGGACCGUCUGACGGACACGUCCCGCUACACCGGCUCCCACAAGGAGCGCUUCGACGACAGCGGCCGGGGCAAAGGCCGCGAAGGCCGCGAAGACCUGGUGGAGCACACGGGCUACGUGAACGCGUACAAGGACGCCGGAACGUACGACAGCAAGGUGAAGGACGCCGACAAGUGAGGAGACGCCCCCUGCUGGAAACUCAGAGGAAGUCCUCUGGGACUGGACCAAACCCUGCAUGGAGGGAGCUGAACAGACCUCCGGUCCACCUGCUGGUGGAACCAGGAAUUAAUAAACAACAUUUAGAGCUUCUAGGUUGUUUCACAAUGUCUCCUUCCUGUAAUAAACUUCACAUCCGAUGGA